AUGGAUGAAGGAAAUGGUAGGACGGCAUAUGUGGACUUCUCGAAAAAGGUAUCUGGAUUUGACACCGACAUAAAGAUCCUGGAGACGAAUACACACAUAUUUAUAUAUGUGAGCCAAUGCGAAGAGACAAUCCAUCUGUACGAUGAGGCGCUGAAGAAAGAAGUAACGAAGCACAAGAUUCGACCCAAAAAGAAGCUGGUAGUGUUCUGCAACAUGAAGAUUCAUGAAGGCUUUAAUGAUAUCAAAAAGGUGAUACUGGAUAUAUUACGGAAAUAG